AUGACGUGCCAGCGCGGGGGGAUAGUCGGGAAGACUGUGGCAACUUGCCAACUAGAACCCCAAUUGGCCAAGCGCCCACGUCAUGCGAUACCUGUCGUUGCGCUGAGUAUUAAUCAUGCCCAUACCGGUGGAUUCAUCGUCGGAACGUCUAGAGGGAAGUCUCACUGCGCAGACGCGCCGUUAAUCAGCCUAGGAUACCUCGUGACGAUGAUCUGUUUUGAGAAUGAUGGCACCAACGGCGAGCUGGGAAUAGGAAUUUCGACGUGCGAGUCUGAAGACGACAUCUCGCGGGAGUUGAUGGAAGUUCGUGGACGAGUACCCAUGGCAAAUCCACAAGACGCGCAGGUGGACGCGCAACCGGGUGAUACUACGGACUCGAACGGUACUAGUAGGCAACACUAA